AAUGAUGAUAGAAUUUCCCUAAUAAAAUAAAAUAUACUAAAAACUCAAUCAAAAUGCUAUUUUUAAAACUAAUACUUUUGACUUACUGCAUGACAAUACCGUAUGAAACCAUUUCAAAAAAUUUACCUCCGUCACUUAGGAAGAAAUUCUUUUAUUUGUUCAUUUUUAUCGUAACAUGGUUCAAUUUAUUUUAUUUACUGAUCCUAUAAGGCAAGAAGAAAUAAGUACAUUUUAUAAUGCUUGUCAAAUGCAACGGGAUUUCUAUAGAGGAUAUCCUACAGCGUAUCACCCGCUGACAUACUUCAAGGAACCGGAGUAUAUGUGGCAAUGCCCGCGUGACAUGGCGCAAGUGUAUUUAAGCUUCCCGCCUUACCAUGUGAAGUACAAGCAGCCUGCAAUUCUGCCGGAAACAACGAGUCGGACCUCGGAAAUGCCCACUCUGCCUGGCAGGACGCUUGCUGGGCGUUUUAAUAAAGCAACUUGUAAAGCAUUUGUUAGAUAAUCUUUAGAUUCAUAUUAAAAAGAUGUGUUGUGCUUUUA